AUGAUGGUCUGGGAUAGAUGCGCCGAUAUACCCUCGGACUGGACCAGAGCUUUGCACGUCCUGCAGUCGGUGGCUCUAUCCAACAACGAGAUGCUGGAUCUGGGUAGGAACACAUCUCUGGCCGACGACGCGAGGUUCGAGGGUGGCUACGUUGUGCCCCUGGUACUGCGCUGCUACAAGGGCGUGAUCGUGAUCGACGGCAACUCCUUAUACGAGUCCCUAAUGUCGAAGUUGCAGAUCUUCGUAGAUAGGUGCAUAUCCGCGAUGAACUCCCUGUCCCUGCAGUCGAGGCCGUCCGUGGCCUUGCCCGAGGAGGCGCACAACGUGACAACCGGGGAGAGAGAGGUUGUGUUCAAGGUUGUGGCUGUGGUGCAGGAUGGACCCACGAUGCUGGGGCAGAUCAUCAACGAGCUCAUCUCCCUGAGGAAAGAGGGCGAAGGCGAACAGGGACGACAUCACGAGCUGGACCAUCAAGAUCCUCCUGGUCAGUAUCUACAGCGCGAUGGUGAGCAAGCACGGGACUAUAUCCUCGAAGAUGUGCGCGGAGGCUACCACGUGCGCGGCCAGGUCAAGGGAAUGACCCCGGACGAGUGCAUGGAGCUGGGCAUGAAGCUGAGGGAGACCAUCGACGGGAGCAUGCAGGGGACCCCGUUCGUGGAGAUCCGCGCGGACAUCAAGGGGAACUACAAGACGAUUCUCAUCACGGCCGGGAAGAACUACGCGGUGGUGGGCUGGGACGGGAACACGGAGACGAAGGGGAUGACACCGGUGAAGAAGGACACGUUGCCUAUCGCGAAAUACGCCGCGACCAAGGUGUUGGAUAUAAUCAACUCCAACCGCAGCCACAUGGACAGGAAGAUAAUGAGGGUCAGCGUCCUGGUCGACAUCGGGCUGGAGUCUAUGGACGUGGACAAGAGGUGGGUCCUAGACAGGAUUACGGGUGCGGUCGCCACUAUCCUCGAGGCGGCGGACAUGAACGACGUCAGGGGCCUAAUCUUCUCCUAUAACAUGGCCGUGAAGUAG